AUGAUCUCUCUAUUUGAGAGAACCGAACAAGUUGAGAUCCGUCCGAGUAACCAAGUUUACAUGGUUGAGCUAGACAUCCAGGUUCCAUUAGCAUUCGACCCAUUCGCAGAUAGUCAAGACUCGGAUGCACCAGGGACAAAAGAGUACGUUCACAUCCGAAUCCAGCAGAGGAAUGGCAAGAAGAGCUUGACGACUGUGCAGGGUCUCAGGAAAGACUACAGCUACGAGAGGAUCCUCAAGGAUCUCAAGAAGGACUUCUGCUGCAACGGGAACGUUGUGCAGGACAAGGAGCUUGGCAAGAUCAUUCAGCUUCAGGGUGAUCAGAGGAAGAAAGUGUCUCAGUUCCUGGUCCAGACCGGGAUCGCUAAGAAGGAUCAGAUCAAGAUCCACGGGUUCUAA